AUGCAGUUAAUUGAUACGUCUAAAGAAGGGGAUGGUGAACGGAGUAUCAUCAACAAAAAGAGGCUGCUAAUGUAUUUUAAGUCAUCCACAUCUUUUCAGAAUUACUCCAUAGAAAUGUUCACUAGCAUUGCUCAAGUCAAAGCAUUGGUGUCUAAGGAAAUGGCACAUCGAUUGACAUGGGGAAGAUUUGUUAAUUGGCAUGGUGGUGCUGGCAAAAAUAUAGCCUGUGACAUGGCACAGGAAAUCUGCAAUCGAACAAGCAAGGACAUUGUAAGGGGUAUGGGAGCAAAUAAGACUAGAAAAGCCAGGAUGCGGGCAUCCAAAGCUUCUGCUGGUGUUCACCAGAUUGUGCAACAAAUAUGUGACACAACCAAAAUCAAACAGAGGUCUCAAGCACACACCCACAAAAAUAAAGAAGAUGACGAAACUUUGAUGCUGCAAGACCUGCAGAAGUUAAAGCCUUUUGAGUUGAAUCCUGGCAGAUUUCAUCUGCAUUUUCAGUAUAUGCAAGUCUCUCCUUCCAGUACAGUGGAUAUGGCGAAACUCUUUGGUUGGCUACAAAAGCACAAGAAGCAGAUUGCGAGGGGACAAUUUUCUUAA